CUCUUUUCGAUCAUAUCACUGCCAUUUGCAGUGUACGAACGGGUGUUUUGAAGGGUGUGCCAACAGCGUUGAUUCUUCAGUGUGGUGAAGACGUUCCAGCCUUUCCAGUCUCAGUCAUCGCGGAGACAUUUCAGAAGGUGGAUUUGUGUUGUGAGUACAGUUUUUCCUUGGCAAAACCUGGGCGAAAACCCAUGUUUCACCACCCCAAAGCGCCCCAGCGCACUGCCAGCACCCACAGUGAGUGACCGAGGAGGGUUUGCCGUGCACCAAGUGGCCGAAUUGGGUGUGAAUUGGGACGAAAAACAAAGGCCUCUCGCGGCACUCCAGGAAAUUCCACUGCUCGCACAUCCCAAACUAAUGUCCGCGUGUCAGCCGAAGGUGCGUGAAAUGGGCCGCAAUUGAGCCCCGAGAGAGACGGAAACGAUCAGCCCCCAGGAGAGCCCCAGCGGAGGCGCACACGAGAAGUGAAGCCAGUGUGAUGUGAUAGUGAAAGAGAAAUCUCGCGAGACAUGGUGCUUCUGGCCCAGUAGGAAGCAAGCUCGAGAGAGAGACACUUUUUUCUUUGGUUCAUACAUGAAAUUCUCGUGGUCAGUGUAUUGUUUAGUUGGCUCUUUUCAUUUUCCACGCGAUUCGCCGCACAUUGCAGAGGAUUAGGGCUGCCCAUCGAGGAUUCUCUUCCCGAGUGGAAAAUGUCACUGAAAUGUGGAUUAAUACUGCUCCUGUUGAUCGUGCCAUUCAUCGCAAGUGGCUCCGGAAGAGAAAUUGGAGGAAGACGCCUUAAUGAAUACAUAUCGCACUAUGAGACACUGAGUUAUGAUACAAAGCAUGUCCAUGCGAGUCACAAUCGUGCAAAACGAUCUGUCACCAAAGAUCCCUACGUGUAUCUGAGAUUUGACGCCCACGGGGAGAAUUUUCACAUGAGACUCAAGAGAGAUGUGGCCACUUUUAGUGAUAAUUUAGUGAUUGACGGUUCAGAUGGUCCAGUUGCAGUAGAUACAUCGCACAUUUAUCAGGGUGAAUUGCUAAAUGUACCAAAAAGUCAUGUGUUCGGCUCGAUAAUUGAUGGUGUUUUCGAGGGCCGAAUAUUAACUGGACGUGAAUCGUAUUUUGUGGAAAAUGCAAAACACUAUUUUCCCAAUCGCACUCAGAGAGAGGAGUCUGGGAUUCAUUCUGUGAUUUACAAAGAGAGCCAUGUGUCAGAUCCAUAUGCUGAUGUAAGACAAGGUCAUGGAGGUGGCUGUGGAAUAACUGAUGAGAUAUCGAGUUGGAUGGAUAGUAUUCAGAAUGCUGCAGUGGACGAUGACACUCCGCCGGCGGCGCCUGCUGCCAAGUCCAGCCGCGAGAAGGUGAGGAUGUCUUCAUCUGAGGAGGACACGCAGUGGCCACCGCAUCAGAAGUACUCGAAGGAAGCCAAUUGGCGGGCUGCGGAUGUGGAAGAUGACGGCGAUCAGCACGAGGAGGCGCACGACCGCGUGCGAAGGGCGACGAGACCGCGAGAGGAGAAUCGCAACACUUGCUCAUUGUACAUUCAGACAGAUCCUCUUAUCUGGCGUCACAUUCGCGAGGGAAUUGCUGAUCGCGCCUUGAAUCCCAAGAUCAAGCACGAUCGCGGGAAGAAGCAUGAGAUUGAUGAGAAGACAAGGGAGGAGAUUCUCUCCUUGAUUGCACACCAUGUCACUGCCGUGAACUAUAUUUAUCGCAAUACAAAAUUCGAUGGACGCGUGGAGCACCGGAAUAUUCGUUUUGAGGUGCAGAGGAUCAAGAUCGAUGAUGACUCGGCGUGCAGUGAGGCGUACAAUGGUGAAUCCAAUCCAUUCUGCAUGGAGAACAUCGAUGUGUCCAACUUCCUCAACAUUCACUCCCUUGGCAAUCAUGAGGACUUCUGUUUGGCAUACGUUUUCACAUACAGGGACUUCACCGGCGGCACGCUCGGCUUAGCGUGGGUGGCGUCAGCUUCCGGGGCGUCUGGUGGCAUCUGUGAGAAGUACAAGACGUACACGGAGACAGUUGGUGGGCUGUACCAGAGCACCAAGCGAUCUCUCAACACUGGCAUCAUCACAUUUGUCAACUACAACAGUCGAGUGCCACCGAAAGUGUCUCAAUUGACGCUGGCGCACGAGAUUGGCCACAACUUCGGAUCACCACACGAUUACCCCCAAGAGUGCCGUCCGGGGGGUCUGCACGGCAACUACAUCAUGUUCGCGAGUGCCACGAGUGGCGAUCGGCCGAACAAUAGCAAGUUCUCCACGUGCUCCAUCCGGAAUAUCUCCAAUGUUCUGGACGCCAUUGAAGACACGAAGAAGCGCAACUGCUUCCUGGCCAGCGAGGGCGCUUUCUGUGGUAACAAGAUUGUGGAGAGUGGCGAGGAGUGCGAUUGUGGCUUCAACGAUGAGGAGUGCCAGGACAGAUGCUGCUAUCCGCGUCAGAUUGGCGAACGUGAUCUGAGCAUCAAUGCCACGGCGCGCGGGUGCACGAGACGCGCCCGAACGCAGUGCAGUCCGAGUCAGGGGCCGUGCUGUCAGAGUGAGUCGUGCAGCUUCGUGCCGGCGCACUUUGGAGUGAAGUGCAAGGAGGAGACGGAGUGCUCGUGGAGCUCCACGUGCAACGGCACAACGCCCGAGUGUCCGGAGCCGAAGCCGCGGGACGACAAGACGAAGUGCAACAAUGGGACGCAGCUGUGCAUCGCCGGCGAGUGCUCGGGCUCUAUUUGUCUGCUGUGGAACAUGACUGAGUGCUUCCUCACGUCCUCCAUCAUUCCCAACAUCGAUAAGAGGAAGCUGUGCGAGCUGGCGUGCCAGAAUGGCAAUGACACCAGCACCUGUCGCAGCACCAGCGAGUUCGCUCACCUCUUUGGCCUGCCCACGGGUGGAAUCAACCUGCGUCCGGGCUCCCCAUGUGAUAACUUUCAGGGAUACUGCGAUGUGUUCCUGCGGUGUCGCGCCGUGGACGCGGAAGGUCCGCUGGUGAGGCUGAAAAAUCUGCUCUUCAACAAGGAGACACUCUUCACGGUGGCGCAGUGGAUCACGGACAAUUGGUACGCCGUCAUCCUCAUUGGCAUUGGCUUCAUCAUCUUCAUGGGGAUGUUCAUCAAGUGCUGUGCCGUUCACACGCCCAGCUCUAAUCCCAAAAAGCCACCCGCGAGAAGGAUCAGCGACACUCUGCGAGGCCCAAUGAAUACCUUGAGGAGAAUGCGUCACCAUCACGGCGGCGGCGCCAGAAGCAUACCACCGCAGCAUCGCGAGCGCUCACGCGGUCGCUCCACUGGGAUGAACAGGAGCGGCGUGCAGCCGGCGCCUCGGCGCCCGCCCUCGGGCAGCCGCGGCCCCAGCGGCUCCCGGGCUCCGGCUCAUGGGUAUGGUGAGGGGAGGGGGCAGCAGUACUAUCCGCCGAAAGCCACCGCUCCACCAGCACCGAAUUAUAGUCGCGCCAAUCAUCCGGAAGUAUAUUCGGAGGCAUUUCCGCCUGAUCCGCGGCAUGCAUAUGAAAUGCCAAUUCGUCACCCAAACAGUAAAGUCUGACAGACGACAAAGACACCAUCAGCUUUAUUUCACCAGGAGAUUAUAUGUAUGCGCUAUGCUCGUCUCAUUUGUGUGUGGGUGGAAAAUUUAGUUUUUGUAUAGGAGAAGAAUGGUCAGUGAAGAGGAGCAGGUGAUGUUAAGAGUGAACUUGCUUUAUGUCACUUUCAAAUAUUAUUGUAGGCAAUUGAGAGACUUUCACAGGCAGAAAGUCUCACUUUGUAGCCUAAAGAGAUCUCACUGCACUGUCUUUUUGAUGUUAUAGCUCUAUUUCUUAUAUACUGAAGAUCAAAUUAUUGGUGAGGAUUGAGCGAAAUUACAGGAAGAGAGAAAGAGAGAGAGAGAGAGAGAACGUGAAGUGAGAGGGGAAACACACAUUCUAUCGCUGUAGAACACUUCUUUGUCUGUUAUUUCUUUGAAAGAAUUCUAUGCAUUUGUACCCAACUUCCCUUUCUUCUUCUUUCUUUUUGUUAACAGUGAUAUAAAAUGGGCUCAAGCAAAAAUUCGCGCGCUCCAGGCAUAUGAAGUGUGACUCAAUAAAUGUGGAGCAGCGAAUGAAUUUAACAUUUGGAGACUCUCAUGUAAAUUUAAGUGUCUUGCAAAAGAGAAGUCCACUUCCUUCAACAAGUUUUCUGUGGUUGCUGAAGAUGAAGAUGAAGAAGAGUGAAACUUUUUCCCUCAACUCUGCAUUUAAUUGCAUUUCCUGCCAAAGUGUCUAUUGACGAAGUGAAAAAUUCCUCUCCACCUCCAACUCUCCAAUCCUGCAAUAAGAGUGUGUAUAAUGAUUUCCACGAGGUGAGAGCGAGAGAGGGUAGAGCUUCUAUUUGUGGGUGGUGUGUGUGCAAAAUGAAUGUGCAUUUAACUGCCAAAGUCAUUAAACUGCCAAAUUCACUCCGAGCACCAUUUAAAGAGAAAAAUAUUACAGAGAACAAUGUGAACAAUGUUUGAGGGAUAAACAAAUCCUUUGUCAAACACUCAAAGAGACAGAGAAAUGAAAUCAAGAGAGAAUCUGUAAAUUUCCAUAUGUGAAAAUCUUGUACGAAAUGAUCUGGUUUCACACUAAAAAAAAAACAUAAAAUACAAGCAACAUUUAGAGAGAAAGAUGUGUAAAAUCUAUAAGAGAUAUUCCACUAUAUACAUAUAUUUUAGUAGUUGGAUGAAAAUGACUGUGUAAUGAACAAAUUUAUUCGUUACAUCACGAAUUUGUAGACACUUUUGACACUGUUUUCUUUUUCUUUAAAAAAAAAAUCGAGAGAGAGACAAAAGAGCAAAGAACAACCAUAAAAUUAAUUGCCAAUGAAUCAUUGAAGGAAUCCCAUAAGUUAUCAUUUUAGGAACUCAAUUCUUAAGAGAUUUAUUACAAAUUAAACGUGAGAAACAUCAAUUUCUUAUCACAUUUCUUACACACGAUUAAUAGACAAAGAGUGAGCGAAAACUUCGAAAAAAAAAUAAAUUUAUUUUACUCUCUGGGAAAUGUAUAAUAAAAAUGAUAAUUUUUUUUUCUUUAGAUAAAACAAAGUGAAUUUCAGAGUUUAGCUAUAAUUUUUUGAUACGUUGACUUUUUAAGAUGUUUGUUAGGCCUUUUUUUUUAUUUUAAGACGAACGACGAGAAUUCAAUAGGAAAUGUACAAGUCUGAGUGAAUGUCUCAUUCCCCUCCUUAAAACUCUCCUUUAAUUUUAAUUGUGCAAGCUUAUUUUGUACGGAUUUAUCGUGUAAUUAAUGAUUAUUCGAGUAUAAGGAGAAAUAUUUACAUAUUUUAAAGUAAUACUAUAAUCGAACAAAUUGAUUUUUACAAUUAUACUGAGAUGAGAAGAAGGAAAAUAAAUAGAUAUCGUAUUGUAAGACAGCGCAAGAUUAAAUGUGACAAUGUUACUCUUGAAUGAAAUUCUUUACAAUUCUCUCCAAUUAUGACUUUUUGCAUAUUAUAUAUAUAUAUAUUAAAUAGUGAGGCGAAAUUUUUGACGUGUGAGACGUUGUAUUUCUCAAGUUUUCCCUUCCAUUUGAGAAGUUAUGUGGACACCAGAAAGAGUAGAAAAAGAGAGAGAGAGAUUAAGGGAAAUAUAAAUAGACGUUGUAAAAAGAGGAGAUUGCAAGUGAAUGCUAAUAAAGUAGAAAUUAGGUGGAUAAGUUUUCCUUUUAAAAGAAAUAUUAACCAUUUAAAUGAUUAGUGAAGAACGGGUUGUAAAUAAGAAUGUGAAACAGAGAGUUUUUUGAUGGAAUUUGCAGUGAUUUUAGAAAUUGAUUGCGGAGGAGAAGAAGAAAAAAGAAUGGUUCUAGAGACAAAUAAUAGGCAAGUGAAAUUGCGUUGAUUUUCGCGUGAGAAAAUGAAAAGAAAGAGACAGAAAGAAAAAAUAUUUUACGAUAUUGAUGAAAGAGAAAUACAAAGGAGAAAAAAAUAUAUAUGUAGGCAUUCUUAGGCAUAUUCUAAAAAGAGAAAAGUCUGUAAAUAAGAUUUAUUUUAGAAUCUUUCUGCGACAGAGAUGAAUAAAGAGGAGGAAACACAUUAAAA